AUGGCAACAAAUCUCACAUUAGAGACAGAUAAAGAAAUUAAAAAUAUGAAUCAAUUAUCAAUGAUUGAUACUACUAUUACACGUCCAUUGGCAAAUUAUCACUCAAGUGUAUGGAAAAACUAUUUUCUCUCCUACACUCCUCAACUCACAGAAAUUAGUAGCCAAGAAAAACUUGAACUUGAAGAGUUGAAAGAAAAAGUAAGGCAAAUGUUAGUGGAAACUUCUGAUAAAAGUACACAAAAACUUGUCUUGAUUGACACAAUUCAACGAUUGGGAGUGGCAUAUCAUUUCGAUAAUGAGAUCAAAAUAUCUAUUCAGAAUAUUUUUGAUGAGUUUGAGCAGAAUAAAAAUGAAGAUGAUAACGAUCUUUACAUUGUUGCUCUUCGUUUUCGACUAGUGAGAGGACAAAGGCAUUACAUGUCUUCUGAUGUGUUCAAAAAGUUCACAAACGAUGAUGGAAAAUUCAAGGAAACUCUUACUAAAGAUGUUCAAGGCUUAUUAAAUCUAUAUGAAGCAACACAUCUAAGAGUACACGGAGAACAAAUUCUUGAAGAAGCUCUAUCUUUUACCGUUACUCAUCUCAAGUCCAUGAGCCCUAAAUUGGACAGUUCACUCAAGGCCCAAGUUAGUGAAGCCUUGAUCCAGCCCAUUUACACAAAUGUACCAAGAGUGGUAGCUCCUAAAUACAUACGUAUUUACGAGAACAUUGAAUCACACGAUGAUUUACUUUUGAAAUUUGUAAAGUUGGAUUUCCACAUUUUGCAAAAGAUGCACCAAAGAGAGCUUAGUGAACUUACAAGGUGGUGGAAAGAUCUAGAUCAUUCAAACAAAUAUCCAUAUGCAAGAGACAAACUAGUGGAAUGUUAUUUUUGGGCAACAGGGGUGUAUUUUGGGCCACAAUACAAACGUGCAAGAAGAAUGAUAACAAAAUUAAUCGUUAUCAUUACAAUUACUGAUGAUCUAUAUGAUGCUUAUGCAACUUAUGACGAACUUGUGCCCUACACUAAUGCAGUCGAAAGAUGUGAAAUUAGUGCUAUGGAUUCGAUAUCGCCCUAUAUGAGACCUCUUUAUCAAGUAUUUUUAGAUUAUUUUGACGAAAUGGAAGAAGAAUUGACCAAAGAUGGUAAAGCACACUAUGUCUACUAUGCAAAAGUUGAGAUGAAUAAGUUGAUCAAAAGCUAUCUUAAGGAAGCAGAAUGGUUGAAAAAUGACAUUAUACCAAAAUGUGAGGAAUAUAAGAGAAAUGCUACUAUAACGGUAGCCAAUCAAAUGAUUUUGAUUACUUGUUUGAUUGUUGCGGGCGAAUUUAUAUCCAAGGAGACUUUUGAAUGGAUGAUAAAUGAGUCUUUGAUCGCUCCAGCUUCAUCACUAAUCAAUCGACUAAAAGACGAUAUUAUUGGACAUGAACACGAACAACAAAGAGAGCAUGGAGCUUCAUUCGUUGAAUGUUACGUGAAAGAAUAUAGAGCUUCAAAACAAGAGGCAUAUGUUGAGGCUCGUAGGCAAAUAGCAAAUGCAUGGAAAGAUAUAAACACAGAUUAUUUACAUGCUACUCAAGUACCAACGUUUGUACUACAACCUGCAUUGAAUCUUUCACGUCUCGUAGAUAUUCUCCAAGAGGAUGAUUUUACAGAUUCACAAAACUUCCUUAAAGACACAAUCAAAUUGUUGUUUGUUGACUCUGUCAAUAGUACAUCAUGUGGAUAA